AUGACUAAUUCAAGUUUCAAUAUGUUAAACCUUAUUAACAUUGAGAAACUGAAUGGGACCAACUUCAAGACAUGGAAGCAACAAAUUGAUAUGAAUUUGGGAUUACUUGAGUUCACCAUAGCUUUUAAGGAGCCUAAGCCAGCAGCUUUGACUAAUAUCAGUAGUCAAGAAGAAAAGGAUGCUUUUAAGAAAUGGGAGAGAGCAAAUGAUAUGUCUUUGCUUAUAAUGCAAAAUUCAAUGGAAGAGCACAUCAGAGGUGGCAUUCCAGGCUGUGAUCUUGCUAAGGAUUAUAUGGAAGCUGUGGAGGAAAAGUUUAAGAGGUCUGACAAGGCUGAAUCAAGUUCUUAUCUUACUACACUCACUUCAACCAAGUUUGAUGGAACUGGGAGCAUGAGAGAGCAUCUCCUCAAACUUGUUAAUGUGGCAAACAAGCUCAACAAUCUGGAUUUGCAGAUUACUGAUCAAUUCCUUGUUCAUAUGGCUCUCAAUUCCUUGUCUUCUGAUUAUGAGCAAGUGAAGAUCAACUACAAUACCCAGAAAGAGACUUGGACUAUCAAUGAACUUAUUGCUAUUUGUUGUCAAGAGGAGGAGAGAUUAAAAAAGGGCAAAGCUGAAGUUGUCAAUUUCGUACAUGCUGGGAAAGGAAAGAAAGUAGCUACAGUCAAUAAAUCUGGAAAUCCCAAUCAGAAGACAAAUGCACCUAAACAGGGAUUCAAAAGCCAGAAGGACCAAAAUAGAGAGAUCUACAAAGUCUUUGUUGGAAAUGGAACAAAAGUAGAAGUAGAGUCUGUUGGUAGUGUUAAGUUAGAGUUGUCAUCUGUUUUCAAAUUAGAAGUUGAAAAUCAGCUUAACCAAACCAUUAAAGUUGUAAGAUCAGAUCGUGGUGGAGAAUAUUUUGGCAGGCAUACAGAGGCUGGACAACAAAAGGGUCCUUUUGCUAUUUUUCUUCAAGAGCAAGGCAUUGUAGCACAAUAUACAACACCUGGAACUCCACAUCAAAUGGAGUGGCAGAGAGGAGAAAUUGGACACUGA